AUGCUCAUUAAGCCCUGGGCUGAGACAAUUCCACGCCAUGAGCUGGCUGAAGAACUAGAAGAUGAAUUGCCAAUUGAGCCUGUUUUGAGUUACUCCCAAAUUGAGACUCCCACUCAUAAUCAAUUCCUGAUCAUUGGCAACUCUAACUUCAACACCAUUCUAAACUCCUUCGACAAACUGACCGAAUAUGCAACAAUUAGUAUCGAUUACAACUCGUCAAAUUCCAAGAAUGAUGAUGACGAUUUCCAUGAGGACGAGCAAUUGUACCAAAUCAACAAACAGUCUGUUUUUGAGCCCAAAACAAUCACAGUCUAUCGAACAGUCAACAAUAACAACCAAAACGUUCUGCUGGUAUCAGUUCCGCUAUUUGCCAACAUUUACACAUACAACGUCCUGGCCAAAUUUCUCCUAGUCCAUUUGAACAGUAAACAGAUCCUUGUCUUGGGCAGUUCCCAGCUAGAAAACGAACUUUUAGCAAAGCUUGCCACCAAACAAGACUCAGAGUUAGAUCCAAAACUGAAGCAGAUUGCUCAAUUGAAGCCGCCUAGUUUUGUUACAGGAAUAGCAGCAAGUCUUCUUUCCACUGGAAAGACUCUACACAAAGAUAUGGUCGCCCUACUAUUAGAUGGUGAUGGUCCCAUUGAUUACGAAAGGCUCAAUGAGAAUGGAUUGAACGCUUGUACCUCUUUGCUGGGCCAAGUGGUGCAUGUUGAUUUGAAUCGUAAGAAAUCCUUGAAUAGACCAGGGUUGUACCUUUAA